AUGUUGUGUGGCGGAAUGUCGGGCGGUGCGGCCGGGGGCGCGGCUGGUGGGGCUGGUGGUGCUGGUGGCAGCCUUGGCUGCUACGAGGCUUGCCUGGAAGUUGAUGAAUCCGCCAUCCAGCACGCCGACCACUGGGUCUACAAGGGCCAAGGGCAGGGCUCCUACGAGCAAAAAUCCUCCAUGGAGUUCAUGGGUGCAGGGCGUGGAGCAUAUGAGCGAGAGGUGAUGAAGAGUUCUGCACGCUGCCGCCCCGCAUGCUUGGCGGUCGGCUGCUGUGGCCUCCUGGUUUUGCUUGGGCUCUUGGCAUUCUUCCUCUUCUACCGCCCUGAGGUUGGUCAAUCUGAGGUUGGACCCGACUGCGUGACUGACUACCACGACUGGCAGCACCUUUGGACCAUGGAGCGCCGCUCCCUUUGCUGCAGGCAGGUGGGGCGUGGCUGUUCACCGCAGGACCAAGUUGUGCACGUUCCUGUGCCGCAGCCUUCCCACAUCCAUUACGUGCCUGUGCCUGUGCCUAGCCCCUCCCAUUCACACGUGGUCUACCACACUCACUACAUCCAUUCGCCCGAUCAUGUGAUUUACGUGCAUGAUCGCCCCCCAAACCACUUCACCUACGACUGCCACGCGGGCUACUCCAAUUGGUACUUCGGCUGGUCACUGAACAAGAAGUCAUGGUGCUGUGGUCACCAGGGCAUGGGCUGCCCAGGAACAUGGAAAGGCAGCUUCCACCUUCACACCAAUGUGCACAUCACGCACGGAGUUGGCCAUGCGCAUGGCCGAAUUUACGACUGCGAAGCUGGCUUCUCCAACUGGAUGCAGGGGUGGUCGGAUUCCAAGAAGGACUGGUGCUGCGACAAGGCCAACAAGGGCUGCGUCAAGUUCCACUGCACUGGGGAAGCUCAGGCUUGGCACGGAGCAAAGCAAGAGUGGUGCUGUGAAAACUUUCAGAAGGGCUGCCCCCACACAACGCUGUCGCCACUGAAGUGUGAUGCUACUUGCACUUUCAACGGCGAGACCUCCAAGUGCAUGGACCGCAUCCAGUGGGCGGCCAAGAACGCCUUCUCCGGAAAGGCCGAUGCUUGCAACUUGGCCUACAGCAAGAUUCAGGUGGAGUGCGACGUGUGCCGGGCCUGCUCCAUCCAGGAAGCCGGGUGCGGAGUGCACGGCGCGGCAUCCGACCCCUUCGACUGCUUGGCCGCACUGAACAACUUCUUCCGCGCUUGGUCGCCGGAGAAGAAGCACUGGUGCUGCACCAAGCAGGGCAGGGGAUGUGAGGGCUCCAGCCCGCCUGCCGUGGACGCGGGCGCAGGCAUGAUGUGGAAGCACGUGCAGGUGAAUGGCUACUGGACUUGGCAGGCAGUGAGCGCUGGCGGUGCAGCUGUGCAGAGCCUGCCGUACGACUGCCAUGCUGGGCUCCCCAACUGGCACACCGGCUGGUCAGUGGGCAAGAAGGGCUGGUGCUGCACCAACAUGCACUUAGGCUGUGACGGGCCAGGAGCUGGAGGAGCCGGAGGAGCAGGAGGAGCCGGAGGAGGAGCAGGAGGAGCAAGAGGUGGCAGCUUUGGUCACCCGCCGCACGCGGCUGGUGGCGGCAUGAUGUGGCACUGGUCCACUUCCGGAGGAGGGCAUUGGGUGCAAGUCCACAUGUCUGGCAAUCUUCCCUUUGACUGCUUUGCCGGCCAUUCCAACUGGCAGUCCGGCUGGUCUCCUGCCAAGAAGGACUGGUGCUGCCAUCACAUGGGCAAUUCCUGCGCAUGA